GUCUUUCAGUAUCAUGCAAGCUGAAGCUGUCCCACACCUGACAGGAGGAGGUCACACAACAACACGAGGAUGAGGAAGCUUCUGUGGGUGAGUCUGCUGGCUCUGCUGCUGCAGGCCUCUUGCAUCCAAGCCAACCAUUCAGAUGACAGCACAGAGGAGCACAGAGAUGCUCAAGACGACACAACAAAGGAAACCCCAAAGGAGACCUCAGCAGAGACAGACGAAACUGAACAACCACCAAAGAGGGAGAAAACAACAGAGAUAGAAGAAGAGCAAGGCAUCAUGGUUCUGCACAUCAACAACUUUGACAGGGCUCUCAGCGAGACCAGGCAUUUAAUGGUUGAAUUCUAUGCUCCUUGGUGUGGCUACUGUAGAAGAUUUGAGCCAAUUUAUGCUGAGGCUGCUGGGAUGCUGAAGGAGGAAGGCUCAGAAAUGCGUUUGGCCAAAGUGGAUGCCAUAGAGGAGAAAGAACUGGCUGAAGAGUUUAAUGUUGACAGCUUCCCCACCGUGAAGCUGUUCAUGAACGGAGACCGAAAGGAGCCUAUAGAAUACACUGGUAAGAGGACACCUUCAGGAAUUGUUCAGUGGUUGAAGCGUCGCUCUGGACCUGGAGCUGCAGACCUGAACUCCGCAGACUCUGCGGCUGAGUUCAUCAACACCCACAACGUAUCAGUUGUUGGAUUCUUUGAUAACCUGGAAAGUGAAGCUGCUGCUGUGUUCAAGGAAGUUGCUUUUGAUUUGACUGAUGUCGAGUUUGCAGUUACAGCAUCUCCAGAGGUUUUUAAGGAGUAUGAGGUUACAGCCAACAAAGUGGUGCUGUUCAAGAAGUUUGAUGACGGCAGAGCAGACUUUGAGCUGUCUGAGGAGGACAAGCUUGACAAACACAACCUGACAAAUUUCAUCAAGGAAAACAGCCUGGAACUGAUCGUCCCGUUCAACCAAGAGACAUCAGACAAGAUCUUCACCUCUCGUGUGCGACUGCACUGCCUUUUGUUCAUCAACUCCACUGUGGAGAGUCAGAUGAGCCUGCUGGAGGAGUCCAAGACUGUCGCCAGAGAGUUUAAAGGAAAGGUGCUGUACAUCCUGAUCGACAUGACAACUGCCGUGUCACAUGUGCUGAAUUACUUUGGCGUGUUAGAGAAGGAUUCCCCCACUGUACGCAUGAUCAACAUGGACACGCAAAAAAAGUUCAAAAUUGCCUCAGAGAUGACCAUUGACUCUCUGAGACAGCUUUCCCAGGAGGUUGUUGAUGACACUGCAGAGCCAUACCUUCGGUCUGAGGAAAUCCCUGAGGACUGGGACAAAGGGCCAGUUAAAGUUCUGGUGGCCAAGAACUUUGAGACUGUUGCCAUGGACCCGACCAAAAAUGUCUUUGUAGAAUUUUAUGCUCCAUGGUGUGGACAUUGCAAGGAGCUGGCUCCAAUCUGGGAGCAGCUGGGUGAAAUAUAUGCUGAUCAUGAUGACAUCAUCAUUGCAAAGAUGGAUGCCACGGCCAAUGAAGUGGAGAGUGUGGCCAUCGAUGGAUUUCCAACGUUAAAAUAUUUCCCAGCUGGUGACAAGGAGGUGAUUAGCUACACUGGAAACAGGGAUCUAGAAACAUUAUCCAAGUUUCUCGACAACGGUGGAGUGCUGCCACAGGAGGAAAGUGAUGAGGACGACGACGAUGAAGACGAAGCUGACAAAGACAAAGCUCAGACAGAUGAAAGGGAAGAUGCUGAUAAUCAGAGCAAGGGGACAGACGAUUCUUCAGAGAAACCAACAAACAACACAUCCAAAGAUGAGCUUUGAUAACAGUUCAAACUAAGAUCAAUUAUUCUUUCAUUUUUCCUAAUAAAAGCUGUGCAAGUUUGACGUAA